GCGGGGGUCCUAGGGGGAGGGGGCGGUGCUUCCGGUGACGUCUGCCCGGUGCGGCGAUAACAAGAUGGCGGCGCCCAGGCGGCCUCGUGAAGAGGAGGCGGCAGCUGAAGAGGCUUCGCUGGAGGCGAAGCGGCCCCGCGGGCAGCGGCGGCUCUUGGUGGUGCUGGAGGGGGCGAGUCUGGAGACCGUGAAGGUGGGGAAGACGUUCGAGCUCCUCAACUGCGACAAGCACAAGGCGCUGCUGCUGCGGAACGGCCGGGACCCCGGGGAGGUGCGGCCCGACAUCACCCACCAGAGUCUCCUGAUGCUUAUGGACAGCCCACUGAAUCGGGCUGGUCUCCUGCAGGUUUAUAUCCAUACCCAGAAGAAUGUCCUAAUUGAAGUUAAUCCCCAAACCAGAAUCCCAAGAACUUUUGAUCGAUUCUGUGGUCUCAUGGUUCAGUUGCUGCAUAAGCUCAGCGUUCGAGCAGCUGAUGGGCCUCAGAAAUUGUUGAAGGUGAUUAAAAAUCCAGUCAGCGAUCAUCUCCCUGUGGGCUGUAUGAAGAUAGGUACCUCUUUUGCAGUUCCAAAGGUGUCAGAUCUGCGUGAACUGGUUCCUACAGCGGAGCCAGUUGCCAUUGUUGUGGGAGCUUUUGCCCACGGUUCGGUUAAUGUUGACUAUACAGAAAAGAUGGUCUCCAUCAGCAACUAUCCCCUCUCUGCUGCCCUGACAUGUGCCAAAAUUACUACUGCCUUUGAGGAAGUCUGGGGAGUAGUAUGAGCUUCGGCUGCUACUGCUGUCAUGGUGGACUUUACAGUGAUUCCACAUUCUGGAAAGGCUCUUUUACUUAGGUGUGGACCUAGUGCAACUUUGGGCUCCUGGAAGGGAAAAGGCUUCAAUUUUGUCCUUGUAGCUUCUGGAGCAAUGAGACUUUAAAUGGACUGCCCUGCGGACCCUUUUUCCUCCUAUUAAAGGUCCCUUUUGGUAA